CCAACAGCGACCAAAAGGCCACGUUUCUGCUUUUACCCGCUUUUUAAACUGUCUGCAAUCCCCGUUUCGUCGGCUGCACGCGUGCAAUUUCCACUAAACCAUCGCGUGGCUCGCUGACUCCACGAGGAAGGGUGGAUGCGAGACUUGCGGACUUUUCGAGGUUUUGCACGGUGACAGACAGUCGAAACUGCGAGAAGCUGUAUUCCAGAUUGCAUGUGCGGUUAGCGGAGGAAAGAACCGGAUGUGCUGCCGAGUUUCCGAGGCAUUUUUUUCGUUUUCCUUACUGCGGUCGCCGUCAACGGAGCCCGGGCUCGGGCGUUCCUUUUGACACAGACUCCUAGGGGGUAGUAGCUCACGGAUCCGCUCUUCUCUGCGAGAAAAGGCGGGUUUGUCAGGUUCCUGUACUGGUCCUUCUUUUGCCUUCUUUUCAGCCAACCACACGUCUAUCUUGUGCGCGGCUAUUUCUGUGCCGCUGUUUCACUCGCAUGGUCCAUUCACCUGCAUCUUUUCAGAAGCAGCGUAGAGUCCGCAACAGUGAACACGGCGCGGCCCGCUUUCCCCUCCUCCAAGCAUUCAUAAACACUCCUCUCUGUGUAUGUGCCGCGGUUGAAGGGUCUCUUUGUUACUUCUAUUCAUACAUGUAGCGAUAGAGCUGUGGCCGCCGGUUCUGCACAUCUGCGAUGCGGGGGCGUCGCGCGUCUCUCUGGUGUGUCUUUAUUUUGGCGAUGAAACCAGAGCGAGGCUCUGCUUUUUAACUUCACCUCUGGGCAGAUGCGUGUUCAUCCACGCUUUCCUGUCUUUCUGCGAGGGAGGAAGUUGUAGAAAACGCGUGGCAGAAAAAGGAUCGUAGGUCUUCAGGGAAGGCUGCACUCACCUGUCCUGGAACCUGCAGAGUCCCGCCGCCCCAUGUAUCCACCGCGUGCUCUUCAUGCUCUUCCUGACGAAUCUUUUCUCCCCGUUCUCUUCUGUUGUUUUGCCGCUUCCUCUCCUUCUCAGCCUCCCAGCUCUCCCCCCACUUGUCCACGCAUUCUGCGGAACUCUUCUUUGCUUUCUCUAUCUCUGGAUGUUUCGUUCCUGUCUCUGCCAACUGCGCGCUUUCUCCUCUGCCUCCCUCCCUCCCUCUUCAUUCACUCGCUCUACCUUCCUCUGUUUCACCUUCCUUCCCUCCCUCUGUCUCUGUGGUAAGGCUGUGCGUCGUCCUUCCGACCUAACUCUGUGAUUGCCAUCACAUUUCCAGAAGGUUGUCUGUUUCUGGCCUGGUUUGUCACAAUACAUCGAUCUAAACUACAUGUUCCGUUGCUCGCGUGCAAAGCGCCAAGGGGAGGAAGAGAGGAAGCACAGAUGAUGUUGUUUUAAGUGAAGGAGACAGAGAGUCGCCAAGAAGCAGAGACCAGACCCGGCAGACAACUGGAUACCAUCAUUUUAUAUUUUUCGGGACUUCUGGACAGUGAGAAAGGCGACGUAUGCUGCACUUGAUAAUUCUUCGUCGCCGAUGCAGUUAGGGACUGCGAGGCAGAAAGCAGAGACUGAAAGCGAGAGAAAAUACAAGACAACUGGAGAGAGACGCGGGAACUCGUCUUGCUGAGAAGGGGGAGGCAUCGACAGGUGAUUGUAGGACAGAAACCAACGUCUAGAAACGAGAGAGUCGCACAGAGCACAGGUAGAACAGCCAAAAAGAGCUGUAAGACGAGGAGCGAAAAAAGGGGACAGGCGAGGGAAUUGGCAAGAUAGGCUAGAACACAAGAGAGAGAAAUCGAACGAGACAGAGAGUGAGGAUGGGGGAUUCGAGCUCCAAAUUCUCGCAUGCCACCCCGGCCCUGUCCUAUCAGCGCCUAUCGCAGCAGGAGGUUCAGGAGCUGCUUUCGAGUUUUGGUCUCAAUGAAUUUUCUCCAGCCAAAGCUCGCAUUUCGCUUCACUCCUUCCUGCGGAUCUUCCCGCCGGUGCUGCACCCCACGGCGUCGGUUCUGUUGCCAGUUCUGCGGGACGUCGUUCGCAUGCAGCAAGUGCAGGGCCGCGGGUACAGCAGCAGCGGAUUUUUAACUGGGAAGAUCGACAGCAGCAGCCAGCUAGCUGCUUCCAAGACGCCGGCGCCCUCCACGCGAGGGGGCUUGAAGAAUUUGGGGAACCUGACCUGCUCGGGGAAAGGCGCUCGCAAGGGCGAGGAGACAUGCAGUGGAGGCAUCCACAUCACACUCCAGGAGAUGGUCGACGCCGUGAGUGCAUGCGCAUAUGGAGACCGGGAGGAACUCCAAGUGCACAUGCUGCAGCGGCUGCUGUCGAGAAUGUCGAAAGUCUUAGAAGAGCAGUGCAAGCGCCUGAGACACCAGCAGUCGGGCAACUGGAGCUCCCGCCACAACAUCGAUCGCGGGGCCACUGCCCACAGUCACCACCUGGGCGCGGGUCUCUUCUUGCUGCACCACGGGGGCCCCUCAGGGAGCGCAGGGAGCCUGACGUCCGAGACGCCUCAGACUGCGUCCACGGCGUCUCUGCAGGCUGGGGCUUCUGGGGCUGUCCAGCCGUCUGCGGGCUCCGCGGGAGUCUCUGCGGUCCCCUGUUCGGGGAUCGAGGCGGUGCUGCACCAAGUGUUCGUGUCUGCCUACUUGCUGUUCCUGGCAAUCAUCUCUCCGUCGAAUCCGAUCUUCUCGUCGGCCAACCCGUUCGCGCUCGCUGCCGGGGGGCCCACGCCCGCGUCGCCGCGCGCCGCCGGAGGCGUUGGAGACCACGCGGGGGCCAAGGGACCCGCUGGGGACCACGCGUCCCGGGUCGCGUCCUCGCCGCGGAGCCACCACCGCGCGGGCCCUGGGAGCCCCGCCGGCGGACCCACAGACAGCGAUGCAGACUUCCUGGGAUCUGGGGCUCACAGCUCGUCCCGCCAGGCGGUUGCAGGUCCAGGGAUGUCUGGCUGGGACUCCAACUCCUCGUCUGCCGCGGCUGUCUCCUUGCCUGUCUCGACGCCGCUGGAUUUCUCCUUUCUCUUGAGCGCCUUCGCGACCUCUGCGGGCGCCGCCGCGGGCGUGGGCUCCAAGACCGCGGGGCCUCAGAUGGGGAGCGCUGGGAGUGUUGCGGCCCAGGGCUCUGCCGGAGCCGGCGGGUCCGCGCCCCCCUGUAUCGUGACUGUAUCUGGGGCGCCGGGACCCGCAGCCGCGGCAGACAAAGGAGCGUCGAGCGGGAACCUUUCUGGAGCCCAGAUGGGGUGUGCAGGCGCGUCGAAGCAGCAGCAACAGGAGGCUCUUCUCUGGAUCCUCCAGGUUCUUCCCGUCCUCCCAACUCUUUUUGUCGGAGCCGUCAGCCACUUCCUGCUCGGCCCUACCGACCCUGCUGUGGACGACGGCGCUGUGAAGAAGCAGCAACCUACGUUGCAGUACCAGGUCUACGCUCCGCGUCGACGGGGCACUGCUGUUAGCGGCUCCUCACGGAGAGGUAGUCGGGCGCGUGCGAAUUCUCUUCAGAACUUACAAAGAAGUCCGAGCCUUGAUACUCUCUGUCAGAGUACAGGGGGGUGGAGAGGAGAUGGGCCUCUAGACGGAUUCAGCAAAAUCUUCACUGAUGAAACUGCAGUGAUGCUACGCCUGUCGAGCAUGAUCUUCGCCUUCCCCCCUCUCACGCCUUGGCAUCGCUUGUAUUCGUCGUGGAAGCAAGGCGCCAGCUUCAAUCGCAUCUGCAGCAGCGUCUUCUUCUACGAUGCUCCGACGGUUUUGGUGAUCAAGACGAAACACGGUCCCGUGCUCGGCGCUAUGAUCUCCACGGAGUGGAAGGACGGCGGACAUGUGUACAUGGGAGAUGCGAACUGCUUUCUCUUUAGCUUGGAACCUCAGUUCCAGAUUAUCAGACCCAGUGGACUCGGAAGGAAUUUCGUGUACAUCAAUGUGAAAAAUCAAUUCUACCCUCGGGGCAUUGGAUUUGGAGGUCAGCCUGGAUGCUUCAGGCUCUGGCUCGACGAUGAGUUCCAGAAUUGCUACUGCACGAAGAGCGACGCGACUUACGGCCCAGGUGUGCUCGUGGCUUCCAAACGAGCUCGUGUCCGGCACCAGGGCGACUCUCGGAGUGAGGACAGCCUUUUGUCGGGUGCGAAACGGACGCAGUCUCUUUGCAGCGAGGACAAGGGACCGGGCGAGGCGGGCGGCUUGCCCGCAGGGGCAAAUGGAUCCUUGCUGUCGAGCCCUGAUGGAGACAGAGACGACGGAGGCCACGAAGAGCAGGACGUCUUCCACAUGCCUUUCGAGGUCCUAGAAGUGGAAGUGUGGGGAUGUGGUGAUGCCUCUACCAGACAGCAGCAGCUCGCCGCGAAUCAAAGACAAGAACAGCUCCGCCAAGAACGACGACAGGUGGACAAGGGUCGCUUUGCACAAAACGAGUUCGACAGAGAGUUUCUUCUUGAGAACACUUUCAACCGAGCAAAGGGCGCAGACGCCCCAUCCACGUGAACGUGAGAGGAAAGAAAAGUCGGUGUCGAUAGCCUGGAGCUGAAGGCGAGUGCAGGAGUGCAGAAAUCGGACAACUCGAGGAAGGCCAACGUUGUAGGCAAAGAGCAGACAGGAAGCAACGCCCAGGCAUGCAGCGAGGAAAGACGACGACUGGAGGAAGGAAGAGUAACUCGAGUGACCGCGGCACGGAGUGAGACGCAUACUAACAACGUCGGGGCCUGAUGAAGAAGGUGAAGAUGGAGAGGAUUCCGGAAGAAAGCACGCGAGUGACUCGAUCACUGUUUGUCAGAUUGAAUGCGUUUGACUCUAUCACGUGAACAGGGUGACGAAAGGGAGGCGAAGACACAGGAUGGCGUUGUCGGGUUCCUCUCGGUAACAAAGGAAUGGCGAGGCGGGAGUCCUUCUGAUUAAAAAAGACGCGGCGGCGCGACGCAUCAAUUUCUCGUUUUUUCUGGAGACCUGAACUUACCGUGCAUUGUCUUCACCUGUCAUAUACAUAUAUGUACAUAUUUGGAACCCUUUCUUUUAGGUUUUUCCGCUGUUCCGCCAGCUGCCUUCGUUCGUUCACACGGGGGUGAAUUUGACGGAAGAGGAAGGUGAAGGCCUCGUCCUUUUUAGACCGUUUUUGGAUCCGUCUGUACCCUUCGUGUCGUUUGUUCUUUUUCCUCGCGAACGGAAGCAACCUGCGGAACGGUUCCGCGCUUUUCUGUUUCUUUGACGGGACUAGUUCAGUCCUCGUGCGCAUAGAGAUGGUCUUAGUGAGCAUCUCCCGUGUAUGGUUACCGGGUUCGUCUGUGAUUCAGGUGUCACCGUUCCGCGCUCUUUUUAGGUGAAAAGAAGUUCGAUCGACGAAGCGUUGGUCUUCUGGACUGUAGAACGCGUGUAGACCGAAAGCGCGAAGGCGGUUUCUGGAGCCCAACUUCUCGACCCGUUUCACUGCCAGUCACCUGGCCUCUCCUGGGUUUUCAUUGUCUACCUCUUGCCGGGUUCCGUCCGUUUCUCUGCUCACUAUGAAAUACCCGUUACUGUGUGCACUCUGGACGACAGUUUUCCGGGCAGGGGCGGAGGAGCCGGCGUAAAAAAAUUACAAACACUCCGGUUUCACAGAUGAUUGCCCCCAGUACGACGGUACAGAUCACCCUAGCAUCUGAGGAGUCGUCGUCCUCGCUGUUAACACGAGUGAUAACGUGAACCCAUAAAUUACGCCUAGAACACAUCCAAUAUGGAACCUUAAUGUCGCAGGAUAUUGGAUUCAAACACUUUUAGCAGUAGCUGCAGCUCUGCCGCCGACCGGCACAAUUGCUGCGGUGUCUUCCUUUCGCUUUUUGCAGGUCCCGUCUGCAGGGGGGAAGAGGAAUCAUCAGCCACCCUUGGCUCUGUGCUUCAAUUAUCGAACCGGCAGUGCGGGUUCUUUGGCAAAGAACUGAGGCCAGCUGAAACUCGCUAGUGAGUGUGUCUGGGUUCUCGAACAGAAGCGCUCGACCUCAGUGCCGCGCUAUUUUGUCCUUGUUAACCAAGUGAGUACGCGGUGAGGCGACGUCGACUGGUGUUCCUCCCCGCGGUAGCUCCGGUGUAUCUAUUUUUAUCUUGCCGGGUCGAUCGACGCCUCCUGACAAGGCUUGCAUGGCUAGAGCUCAACAAACGAGUACAACAAAAUAGAAGUUACUCCCAGAUAUCCACAUGCACAUCGUGGCAUGAGGAAAGCCGGAUGGAACGAGCAACAAGACCGCAGAAGUGGUCACGAAGUACGAGGAUCAGAUGUGUAUAUAAGAGCAACUUUCCUCCCGGUGACUGGGGCAGAUGAGGAUCGAGACGAGAACAGAGCGAGCCUAUUCACACGAAUUGUCACUUGUACAGUCAGAGUGAAGUUGCCUUCCAGUCGGGCGCGCGAGAAGCGCCGGCAGACGACAGAAGGUCCGUUUCGCACCCUCUCUACCCAAAAAUCGACGCGUCUAGGAAAGAGAUUCGCUACUUGAUUCCACAUCACAGAUCGAUUACUGCCACACGCAUGUGCCACUUACAGUUCUCAAAGUUAUCUCAGCGCUACCCUUUCCUAUGUCGCUAAAGAAACUCUGGAUAGCGAAUGCGUCCAACGCUCGCGUACACGUGUCAAUUUAAAGGGGGUGAGGGCACACAACGUCUCAUACCCGGCAGCGGUAUUCGUACAUAAAAAACCAUCCAGCACCCUAGGAGCGCCACAGACUCGCAAACUGCCCCCUACCUUUGUCCUCGACGAGACACCAUUCAUGUGCAUUCAGCUCCCAGGUGUCCGUCGCGUUCUCGCGUCUCGACGGCGGUUCAAAGCGAGGAAAAAUACAUUCCGGGUAUGUACACGAAAGACAUCCGAGGGCGAGCUAGGCGCACGGACGUUAAAAAAUAGGUCAACUGGAAACGCGUCUGCUCCAGGACCUCUUGGAUUGUUCCCUGUAUCUCCUUUGCAUUCGCGCGUUCAGUGAAUAUACAUGUUUCCGAAACUUAUACCAGAUCGCGCGCUAUUCCUCUGGACUGAAACUCGGGUCAGCGUCAUAUGGACGCGCGAGUCGUUGAUUUCCACAAGCCCACCGGGAGGCUUGCGAGACUCUGUAUCCCUUGAGACUCGUCACAAGAAAUAUACCAGCGAUUUGCAGAUACAUAGAUAAACUGAAUACAUGCGUAGGGAGGUUUUCCUGUCGAGUGCCGGAGAGCUAAAGCUCCGACGCGUGUUCUCCAUGCUGCUCUGAGAAAUCCGUGAAGAACGACAUGUCGGCGCUACAGUGAAGCGACGAGAGUUGUGUUACCCGCGGUAAUUCUGUUUGUCGGCCUUCGCUUCCUUUGGCAUUUUAACUGCCUCAACCUCUGCCACUCUUCGCAGCUGCCACGAAUUCCUUUCCACUUUCUGUCUGCAUAGAGCCUCUCUCUCCGCCGGCAGACACUGUCUGUUCUGUGCCGCUUCAAAUAUUUCUUGCGGUUCAACAGGAAAACCUUCGUGUCUCUGGCGCACCUCCAUCUGCCUCAUUCCCGUCAUCUCUGUUCCAUUUUCGUGUUAACUCAAGUGGAUGUUGGGGCAUUUCGGAUCGAGACAGGCGCCGUUGAGAGCGUAGUAGCAGAUCGGUCGCAUGCAGUUGUCUCCGCGAAAUUUCUCCACGAGGCUCUUCGCUCUCCUCCCGUUCCCUGUCUCUCUCUCUGUCACCUGCUGUGCCUCACGGGGGGCACCCCCUUUCUCUUUUCCGUUUCUCUCUCUUUUCUCCGACGCCGCAACAGAGCCCGCGUUCGCCGCGCUUCCUUCACGUGUCAUUAGAGAUCGAGAAGGCGUUUCCUUUUCCAUCUCACUCGCUUCCCCCGCCCUCUUCCGCCUCGCAUCCUGAAUGUCUCCUCGGGUCUCUUGUCCCUUGUCUCCGCGCUCGUCACGGGUGUGAAGCGAAGACACGACGCAGCCCAAGUCCUUCAGAACGGAGACAUAGAUAUGGGCGUUCGUGCUCGGUGGCGUGCUCCCUGGUCCUGAAGGUGUACACACACGAGCGAACAACACACAUCCUUCACAGGCCG